CACGACCUCAUGGAGAAAAAGCCAAAUGUUUCUCAAUUGUCCGCCUCCAAAAGGCUUGCUACGACUGUUUCUGAUGCAGCCUCAGCUUCGUCUAGGCUUCAUCAGCACGAUCAAACUAGUUUCCAGCCUAAAUCAAACUGGGCUUCUGGCUCAAUCGAGCACAGGAAAGAUUUGACUCGCACUUGA